CUGAAACUAAAGUCCUGCUGAAGCGACUGUGAGCCGCUCUUAUUCCUCCAGACUGACACUCGACACAGUUACAGGUCACCCGGUGACAUGAGCAGAUAUUAUGUUGGCGUGGACGUGGGCACUGCCAGUGUGCGAGCGGCUCUGGUCACGCGGGACGGUCACGUCACACACACAGCAGAGGAGCCGGUUAACAUUUGGGAGCCGUGUGCUGAUCAUUACGAGCAGUCAUCAGAGGAUAUCUGGAGCAAAUGCUGCAGGACUGUGAAGCGAGUGACUCAGGACAUUGAUGUGGAGUCUGUUCGAGGGAUCGGCUUUGAUGCCACCUGCUCCUUGGUGGCUCUGGACCGGCACUUCCAGCCCGUGGCUGUCAAUCACACAGGUGUGCGGGAGAGGAACGUACUGAUGUGGAUGGACCACCGGGCCGCAGAACAAGCCUCUCGGAUCACAGCCACCAAACACAGAGUGCUUCAGGGAGUCGGCGGCGUGAUGUCGCCGGAAAUGCAGCCGCCCAAAUUACUGUGGCUCAAAGAGAAUCUGCGGGAAACCUGCUGGAAAGAAGCGGCACACUUCUUUGACCUUCCUGACUUUCUGUCCUGGAAAGCGACAGGCUCUUUGUGCAGGUCUUUAUGUACUCUGGUGUGUAAGUGGACCUAUUCUCCAUCUGAUGGCUGGGACGACUCGUUCUGGAGCGCCAUCGGUCUGGAGGACCUGAUGGAGAACAGUUACUCCAAAAUAGGCCAGCAGGCGUGUUGUCCAGGGGCUCCAGUAGGACGAGGUCUGACCGCAGCGGCGGCUGCAGAUCUGGGUCUGAUUCAGGGCACCGCUGUGGGCGCUUCGCUCAUAGACGCUCACGCAGGAGGCUUAGGGCUGAUGGGAGCAGACGUGACGGGGCAUCACCUGCCCUGCGAGCAUCGGCCGGUCUCGUCCCGUAUGGCCCUCAUAUGCGGCACGUCUUCAUGUCACAUGGCUGUCAGCACACAGCCGCUGUUCGUCCCCGGGGUCUGGGGCCCGUAUCUCUCCGCCAUGCUGCCGGGGCUGUGGCUCAAUGAGGGAGGACAGAGCGCCACGGGACGCCUGGUGGAGCAUGUGGUGAGAGGACACGCGGCGUACAGGCAGCUGGAGGAGCAGGCGGAGCGCAGCGGGAAGCAGGUUUACUCGUACCUGAACGCUCACCUGGAGGGCAUGAGCGCAGACGCAGCGCAGCUGGAGCAGCUGACGGCCCGCCUGCACGUCUGGCCUGAUUUCCACGGCAACCGCUCUCCUCUGGCCGACCAGACGGCCCGCGGCGCGGUUGUGGGUCUCACUUUAUCACAGACACUGGAUGAUCUGGCUCUGCUGUAUCUCGCAACAAUUCAGGCCAUCGCUCUCGGCACCAGACACAUCAUAGACGCCAUGAGAGCGGCAGGACAUGACAUCACAACCCUCUUCCUGUGUGGAGGACUGAGCAAGAAUGCCCUGUUUGUGCAGACACAUGCCAACACUACAGGUGACUGCACUCAUGUCUGCAUCACUGACCUGCGCAGACGACAUCCUCACGUCAUCACACACAGAAUCUACCUGGAGCUGCCAGUCCAGUGUGGUGGCAAGAAUCCCUUCCGUGGAGCUAGGCCGACCCUGUGCCUUCUGCCCAGCUCUGAAGAAGCCGUCACCAUUCUUUUCAUGGACGUCAUCCAGUCUUUCCUGGAGGUCAUUGGCAGAGCCAGAAGUGAUCAUUAUAACAUACACCUUCUGGUGCUACUUGGACACGUCUUCAGUGAAGAACCCGGGGUAUAUAUCAUGUGUGCGCGGAUCGGAGCCUGUGCUUCAUCUGACUGCAGCUCCAUACAGGACGCAAUGAGGAGAAUGACCAGAAUCGGGCGUGUUGUCAGACCAAACCCUGAGCUCGAGAGCUUCUACAGGAGGAAGUACGGCGUGUUUCUGCGCCUUUAUGAUCAUCAGAAGGAGUGUGUGGCGCUGAUGGAGACCGAAGCAGUUUGACAUGCAGACGCUUUCUGAAGAGCAGAUUAAACACGGAGAUCCUUGAGCUGAAGACCAAAAACUGCUUUUCAUUCAUCUACUAAGAUGCUUUUACUGAACACACAAAUACUCAAAGUACUUUAAGGGUUCAGCCUUUUACACCUAAUUAUCACCCAAAUAAAAUCUGUUAAAACACUUCAGGUAAAAGUGGUUGACCACAGCUACUCACAAGAGAAACCACGUCUGUUUUAAAGAUCAGUUUAACAUGAUUUAUUUGUGUGUGUGUUUUAAAAACAACAUCAGUUCACAAAUAAA